GCUGAUAUGGCAUAUAUAUCUAGCUAAUAGGCUAAUAUUUACACCUCUUUAUUUCUCCCUGCCUGUCGGGAACAAAGGAAAUCUAGUGAACUUGGUGAAAACUGUUUUUAAUAUGUGAAUCAUGGUUUUCUCCACUUUGGAUGCAGAAAGGAACAGAAGAGCUCACCCUGACAGAAACACCCAAGGAAUUUGGGAAGCUGAAAAUCUCGAAGACGGAUAAAGGAGUCACCGUCCUGUAUUCUGAAAAAAACGUGGACGUCUCGGUCUUCUUUGAUGGCUACACCGCUCAGAUCGACGUCAAAGGACCCCCGUCCACAAAAGUAGGCUUGAAGGAUUUAUGCGCCAAUGCAGAUCCAGGAGCCAAAGGUGUGGCGCUCACUACAGGGAGCUGUAAGGACUCUCAAACAGAGUCUGUAGACCCUUCUGUCGACUGCAACAAGAUAAAGAAAAGCUGCGGGAUCCUGAAAAACGCCCCCUUCACCAGCUGCCACUCCCACAUCAACCCGGACUCCUUCAUCAAAGCCUGUGAACAAACUCUGUGCAAAUAUCCCGCCGUUGACGGUCUUCCCUGCAGUUACCUGGAGGCCUACGCCCGGGCCUGCAGCCUGUACAGCAAUGAGGACGUGAAGGGCUGGAGGGCAACAGCUGGCUGCCCCACCUCCCCUAAGGCCUUCUGUCAGGACAAGGUCUGCGACACCAACGAGUUCUGUGGUGAGAACCAGAACAAAGACGGCUUCAUCUGCUUCUGCAGGUCCAUCUUUGCAGCCCCAUACAGACUGAAGAAUUCUAUGGGGGAUCCCACCGCCUGUGCCCCAAACUCUGCCAAGGCUACUCUGAUCAACUGCCUCCUGGUGGAGAAAGGCGUCGACUACCAAACCUUACACCUCAACGACCAAUCGUGCAAGGGCGAGCUGAAAGACGGUGUGGUGACCUUCAGCUUCAACAAAGCCAAAAUGUGUGGGACCAAAGUGACGGACACGGACAAAGAAGUGUUCUACAAGAACACCAUCCAGGCGGCAGGCAGCGGUGAGCUCAUCGUUCGCCAGGCCCCGGUCAACAUCGACUUCUCCUGCAACUUCGUCCAGCCGGAGAUGAACACCAUGACGUUCAAAGUCACAGGUGGCAGUGAAUCUUUGACCACCGAGGUUGAGUCUGGAUCCUGGAAAUAUGAGAUCACCCUGAAGGCCUACGCCGACGAGGCCCUAAAGACCCCCGUGGGCUCAGUGGAACUGAACCAGAGGAUCUGGAUCUCCCUCCAGAGUACGGGACUGGAUGCUAAUUCAAUCGCUGUGUUCAUCAACUCCUGCUGGGCCACCAAAGUCAAAAACGCUGAGGCGGAUCCCAAAUACUACCUGAUCCAGAACGGGUGUAAAAACCCCAAAGACGACUCGAUGAUAUUGGAGGGAAACGGGAAAGGGACGUCCAGCCUUUUCUCCUUUAAGGUGUUCAAGUUCCCCAAAAGUAACGACGGCGUCUACAUGCACUGCAGGAUCAAAAUGUGUGGCAAAGACGACGCCAACUGUCUGCCGAACUGUACGAAGAAAGGUGGCCGCAGACGCAGAUCCUCCAGUUCUAAGGAUGAUGGAGCCACGGCGUAUAUCUCCAUGUCCUGGACUAGUUAG